UUCAAAAUGGCCGAUUUGUAUUGAAAGCCAAAUUGAAUUGAAUACUGCUAAAAAUACUUAUUUUUCUAAAUAUUUAAGACUAAUUAGUUGUAUAUAAAUUAGUUAGCUUCACAAUGGCACAGGUGCGACAGCAGAAUGCUGUUGAACCCAUGCAAGUAGACGCUCCACCGGAAGACAAUGAUAAUAACGAAGAGGAUAAUUACAUAGUAGAGAAUCCUACGUUAGAUCUAGAAGUAUACGCAAACAGUUAUGUUGGCCUGGCGAAAUUGUACAGACUAAUUUAUAUAAUAGAUCAUUGCCCGUCUCUCAAGUUAGAAGCACUAAAAAUGGCUAUUUCAUACGCAAUGACUACGUUUAACGUAAACUUAUACCAAGUACUGCAUCAAAAGCUCGCAGAAAUAACAACAGCUGUAAACGUUCCCGAUGUUGCGGCUUCCACUUGCCAAGACAUACCUACCAUCGACAACUCCUGGAUGGAAUCCAAAUCUAAAAGAGCCGCUUUGAAACUGGAAAAGCUGGACAACGAUUUGAAAAACUACAAAUCGAACUCGAUAAAAGAGAGCAUCAGAAGAGGACACGACGAUUUGGGCGAUCACUAUUUAGACUGCGGUGAUCUCUCCAACGCUUUGAAAUGCUAUUCGCGAGCUCGAGACUACUGCACCAGCGGAAAGCACGUCGUCAACAUGUGCCUGAACGUAAUCAAAGUGUCUGUAUACCUGCAGAAUUGGUCCCACGUACUGAGCUACGUCUCAAAAGCCGAAAGCACGCCCGACUUUUCGGAGACCCAAUCGAAAGACUCCAAUCAAGUGAUACUGACAAAACUGAAAUGCGCUGCCGGUUUGGCUGAAUUAGCCACGAAGAAGUACAAAUCGGCUGCGAAACAUUUCCUCCAAGCCAACUUAGAUCACUGCGACUUCCCUGAACUGCUUUCACCCAACAACGUCGCCAUGUACGGGGGCCUCUGCGCCCUGGCGACGUUCGACAGACACGACUUGCAAAAAAACGUAAUAUUUAGUAGCUCGUUUAAGUUGUUUUUAGAAUUAGAACCCCAACUACGUGAUAUAAUCUUUAAGUUCUACGAAUCGAAGUACGCUUCGUGCUUGAAGCUGUUAGACGAAAUUAAAGAUAAUUUGCUGCUCGACAUGUACAUCGCUCCUCACGUCAACACUCUGUACACUCAAAUCAGGAAUCGCGCUCUCAUCCAGUACUUCAGCCCUUAUUUGUCUGCGGACAUGCACAAGAUGGCGUUGGCCUUCAAUCGAACUGUUCCGGCGCUCGAAGACGAACUGAUGCAAUUGAUUUUGGACGGGCAGAUUCAGGCUCGAAUAGAUUCGCACAAUAAAAUCCUUUUCGCUAAGGACGUCGAUCAAAGGAGUACCACGUUCGAGAAGAGCUUGCUCAUGGGGAAAGAGUAUCAGCGGAGGACGAGAAUGCUCAUACUAAGAGCGGCCGUGUUGAAAAAUAAAAUCCACGUUAAGAGCCCUCAAAGAGAUUCCAGCCAAACUGGAGAAAUCACUGUAGUGCCAUUUUGAUUUUAAAGAACCGUUGUAUCACCUCCUUGAUAAUUGCUUAAUAUUAAUAAUAACAAUCAUUUAAUGCCCAAUGGAUCAUUUGUUUUCUCAAAUAAACAAUAAUAUAUG